AUGUCCAGCGGCAAGGCUGUUGGGAAGCGCUCUGCUUCUGUGGCUCACCUGGCUCCUUGGCAGCCUGCCUGGCUGGAAGCGGAGCCGCGUUUCACCCACUUUCUGGAUCUGCAACGCCUGGAGCGCUCGCAGCGCACGGAGCGGCUGGACACACUGUUCGGCUUCGAGCGGCCCACGGAGCCUGGCGAGCGCACGGGCUGGCUCAUCAACAUGCACCCGGGGCGCUGCGUGCCCAGUGCUGGCGGCACCGAGAAGAGCUCUGAAAUGCUGGCUUGGUGUCCAGCAGAGGAAGCGAGUGUUGGUGAGUCCCUGGCAAAGAUGGCACCACAGUUCCCCAUCCUUAUCAAGAGGAACACCCACUUCCCCUGCUUCGGCUUCUCCAAGGGCAACAUUCAAGCUGCUGAGAGCAGUUACUUGAAAAGCUGCACCUUCAACACCACCUCUGCCCUUUGCUGCCCCAUCUUCAAGCGGAGCUUCAUCGUGGAGCAGGCGGGAGAGAACUUAAGGGAGCUGGCAGAGAAGGGUGGGGUGGUCAUCAACUGGAACUGUAACCUGGGCCUGCCUGAAACUGACUGCAACCCCCACUACUCCUUCCACCGCCCCGAUCCCAAGACCACUGUCCCAGGCAGUGGCACUUGCAGUCCUGCAUCCUCCUCCUGCCCUCCCUGGAGGUCUGCGAAGUAUUAUAAAUGGAACAGGACCCACACACGAGUGUUGAUCAAGGCCUGUGGGAUCCAUAUUGAUGUCAUCGUGCAGGGCCAGGCAGGGAAGUUUAGCCUGAUCCCCACUGUCAUCAACCUGGCCGUGGCUCUGACCUCACUGGGAAUGGGCUCCUUCCUCUGGGACUGGAUCCUGCUGAGCUGCAUGAACAAGGACCAGGUGUACAGCAGCAGGAAAUUUGAGCAGGCACCACCCUAGAUCCUGGCCCUGGAGGUUUGGUCCUCUGGGACAGAGCAGUGGCCACGCUGCCAGCAAG